UGUUGUGAAAACUUUUGAAAACCAUGCCAACACGAAAUUUCAAUACCAACAUUAUUCUGCUUAAAGUCUAAAACGCUUACCAGUUACUACAAGCUUAAGUCAACCAAAGACUGAGGUUAUUUCGGUAAUUCGAAACUAGUUCCCCAACUUGCCGUCGCCGCCGCCAUGUCGGUGACCACCGCCAUGGCCUUCGCCGGAGCAACCGUCGCAAAACCCCUGCUACCACCGCGAAAACACAGUGGCAGUGGCAGUGACAGUUGCAGAGUCGCCAAUUUCCACUCCCUCAAACCCAACCUCACAUUUCGUGUACCUCGAAAGAGAAUCGAAUUCCCCAUUGCUUCCUCACCUUCUCUCCGCCGCACUCUUCCCCUUGUUCGGGUUUCCUCCAACGACGCCCAGUUCAACUCGGUUCCCGAUGAGACACAGCAGCCGAGUUUCGCAGAGUUCAUCACGUCGGAGAGAGUCAAAGUGGUGGCCAUGCUCGCUCUCGCUCUUGCUCUCUGCAACGCCGAUCGCGUCGUCAUGUCGGUCGCCAUCGUCCCGUUAUCGCUCGCCAACGGCUGGACCCGCGCUUUCGCGGGAAUCGUUCAGUCAUCUUUCCUGUGGGGGUAUAUGCUUUCGCCAAUAGCUGGAGGGAUGUUGGUGGAUAACUAUGGUGGCAAAGUGGUCAUGGCUUGGGGUGUGGCCUUGUGGUCGCUGGCUACUUUUCUCACUCCCUGGGCUGCAGAGUCCUCCCUUUUGGCUCUGCUUGCUGUGCGUACUUUGCUUGGCAUAGCUGAAGGAGUGGCUCUACCUUCCAUGAAUAACAUGGUGGCCAGAUGGUUCCCUCAAACUGAACGGGCAAGGGCUGUUGGAAUUUCGAUGGCUGGAUUUCAGCUUGGAUGUGCGAUAGGGCUGACUCUUGCUCCCAUUCUUAUGUCACAAGGUGGUAUAUUUGGUCCAUUUGUGAUUUUCGGGUUGUCUGGGUUUCUUUGGGUGUUGGUAUGGUUGUCUGCGACAUCAAGCACUCCUGACCGAAGUCCUCAGAUAUCAAAAUACGAGCUGGAGUAUAUAUUGAAUAAAAGGCAAAAGUCUUUUAUGGCGGAAGCAGCUAAACCCAAGAAAGCCAUCCCUCCUUUCGGGCGCUUGCUUUCAAAGAUGCCAACAUGGUCUCUAAUAGUUGCAAACGCGAUGCAUAGCUGGGGUUUUUUUGUUGUUCUUUCUUGGAUGCCCAUAUACUUCAACUCAGUAUAUCAUGUGGAUCUCAGACGCGCAGCAUGGUUUAGUGCUGUUCCGUGGGCUGUGAUGGCUAUCAUGAAUUUUCUUGCUGGCUUGUGGUCAGAUAUGAUGAUACAGAGUGGUACAAGUGUCACUUUGACUCGUAAGGUUAUGCAGACCAUUGGUUUUGUUGGUCCUGGACUUUGCCUCAUUGGUUUAGCAACAGCUAAAAACCCUGCAAUUGGUUCUGCUUGGCUUACUGUAGCCUUUGGCUUGAAAUCUUUCAGUCACUCUGGUUUCCUUGUGAACCUUCAGGAAAUUGCACCACAAUAUGCCGGUGUCUUACAUGGAAUGUCAAAUACUGCGGGAACAUUAGCUGCUAUAGUUGGAACAGUUGGAGCUGGCUUUUUUGUCGAGUUAGUUGGCUCCUUCCCAGGAUUUCUGUUGCUUACAUCACUCCUUUACUUUCUUGCUGCUCUUUUCUACUGUCUAUACUCUACUGGAGAAAGAGUCAAUUUUGAUGAUCCUGUUAGCUGAUUGAGGACUGGAAGCUACAGAGUGUACUACUGUACAGAUCAAUUUCUUGUAUAUGAAAGGAGAUUAGCUCAAGGAUGGCAUAGAUGGUUUCAUUUUAUAACUUUUCUUGUGUAAAAGAGACAUUAACAAUCCACGGGUGUAAAAACAAUGUAUAGUUAGUCUUUUACUUUUCCUCAUGCACUCUGGGUCUCUGUUUUAGAUGCAUUAUUAGCAGUUGUGGGUUUUCUCAGGUGUGGAAAGUUCAUAAUA